GAAUGGAGUAAGUCAGUAUAAGAUGGUUGGUAAAACAGUGACAAGUACCACGCUGGAAGGACUUUACCAGGCCACUGAGUACACCUUGGAUGUGAGGUCUGUGUCAGGACUUGAUGAUCUAGCAGAAGAAAGUGAGCCAGUCUCACAAACGACUUUGACUAGGAGUCUUCCAGCUGACACUAUGAUAAUCACCAUGAUAAAUGAGACCACGGUGUCUAUCAUCUGGACUAUCUGGGACGGCAUUACCAUAUUUGAUGUAGUUGAUCAGUUCACGGUCACAGUUGACAGUCAAAGUUUGGUUGAAUCAAGAGUGAUGCUAACAAACCUGGUGCCAGCCUCUUUGUAUAGAGUCUCUGUGACCGACCUCAACGAUCCGAGUGGUGUAAUCGUGAGAGAUUUCAGAACAGCGCCCUCACCACCUUCUAAAAUUGAGGUGAACGAAGAUGAAUCCAACGAUGUGGAGAUCACUUUCACCUGGACUUCAUCGCCUGGUGCUGAAUUCUAUCGCCCUACUCUUGUACGUCCUGAUGGUAGCGAACUUUCUCAUCCUGAUGGCGAUGUUCCUGCCACCAGUCCACUUGUGGCCACUUUCAAAGGCCUCCAAUCCGACACGGCAUAUGAACUGAAUGUCAGGUCGGGACUGUACCUGUUUUCAGAGUUCCCUGAAAUCUUGAGUCGAGCUGUAACGAUUGAACACACCACAGGUGGUAUUUCCAAUACUACGGUUACAGAGGUUGCGAAAACCUCCUCAUCGGUUACGCUUGCUCUCAUCCCUCCAAAUCCGAGUGUAACGGUACUCUUUAUAGUUGUCUACACCGAUUAUGAUACACGAGUCACUUCAGUGUUUCAGGCUUAUAAUGAUGAAUCUCCCCUUCCACCUGUUGUUGAGCAAACGAUUCCAGGCCUCUCGCCUGCUACCACGUACAGGCUGAGGGUCUCUUGGGGAGACGACAAUGAAGAAUACUACUUAACAACAUUGCCAUCAAGUCCUACAGUAUUGAAUGUGUUUCCCAGCUCCGACGGUCGAUCUGUCCUUCUCAACUGGAGUCCCCCGGUACCAUCAGACAACGUCUUUGGAUACAAGAUCCUGUAUUCACCGUCGGAAGAAGAUGAUGGGGAGACCGAGUUGUUUGCUGCCCCCGUGGACAGGUCCAGAACAGUUCUUAAUCUCGUGCCUGGGGUUCCUUAUACUUUCUCAUUGUCUUCGCUGGUUCAGAAUCAGAGCGGUGAUGUCUUCUUGGAGAGCGAACCCCUUGUCCGCACUUUCACAUUAGAUACCACACCAGGCCAAACCUACGUACUCUCUAGGACCAACAGCUCCAUUGAGUAUAUCUGGACACAACUUAACCUUGCCCUGCCAUCUUACUUCAUAUUGACUUUGACUUCAAAUGGUGUACAGGUUGGGGAUGUGGUGAUGGUAUCUGGCUCCACUCGGCCCAGCGCCUGGUUCGACGGCUUACAGUCUGGGACGGAGUAUGAACUGACUGUAAAUCACUACAGCUUGUUCGUGCUAGGAACUCCUACAUCACUGAUUGGAACGAACAGUGUUAUCACAACAACAAACCCAAACCGUCCAGGACCUGUCACCAUCAUCACCGUGGAGCAAGUGUCACUUGUCGUCGGUUUGGAACAACCUCCUCUUGCCACCAAUUUUGAUAGCUACGAGGUUUCCUUCAGCCAAGACGGGAGCAACAUCGAGGUGCCCGCUGGGUCUGCCGGUGUCAAUGACACCAUGUACAGGGUCGAGGGUCUUAACCCAGAUACGUUGUAUACCAUCUAUGUGAGGACUGUAAGUGGGACUGGGCCAUCACGAAGUGUCAGUGAACCAUCCAUGGUUCAAGAAGCCACAUCUACGUUGGAGCUCGGUCAGAUCAUUGUUCAAACUGUGGACACCACUUCAAUCACAUUUGCAUACGGGGUCAACAGCAGUUUGACAGGAGAGGUCACCUUCUUACCCACACGGUCUCCAAGUGAUGGCACCAUACUUCACAUUGCUGCAGAGCGACGUGUCUUCCUCACCGGUCUCAUACCUGGAAAGAGCUACACACUUACUCUUAAUGUUGUUGGAGGUGAUGAUUCUGUGUACACAAAAUCUACAAGGACAGUGCCUUUACAGCCACCAUCUAUCAACGUGGUGACAAGGUAUGUUGAUGCUACGGUGACUUGGGGCAUUCCCACAGGCAGCAUCGUAAAUGGUUACGAGGUCAGUGUAGACGGUGUUAGGUAUAAGGAUGUACCAGGAGACACAAGAACUUUGGUCAUCGAAGGCCUGAAGCCUGCUACCAGCUAUGAGGUGCAAGUACGCUCUGUCAGUGAGGAUUUGAAUGCGAGACGCACCAGUAGUCCUUCAACUAGAUCAGCUACUACACAGACCGCUUUGUGCUGUACAAUCCGUGAGUCGGUGACAUCGACUACAGUGGAUGCUUACUUUGGGGAGCUGGAUGGUGAAGUAGCGGCAUACGUUGCCACACUGGAAGACUCAGAGGGCCCUGUAGUUAAUGAUGAGCUGUUGAACUCUCCUGUGGCUUCUUUUGAUAAUCUCGAUCCCUCUGAAGUACAUACCUUGACUAUCAGCUCAUUAACUUCUCCAGAUCCACCUCUUAUAAGGACAUUCAGAACAAAUCCACCAUCGCCUGGUGACAUCACCAUACAGGAAAUUACUUCCACAUCUAUCAGGGUAUCGUGGGAUAGAGCUGCUAAUGAUCUUGCCACCGUCACUGGCUAUGUGCUCAGUUAUGUCGAUGCAUCAGGAGUUGAGACAGAAACUGUCUUCUCAAAGCCUUGUGACCCGAAUGAAUAUACCUUGACGGGCCUGAACCCAGACUCGUACUAUAAGAUUAUCGUCAAAACUCAACUGAUGGAGGAAGGGGUUUUCCCCGAGCAAGAGGGCGAUGAUGAUAGCUUUAUACAGUUCAAUACAAAACCUGUUCCCGAAGACACAAUAGUGGUUCAGAGGAGAGCUACAACCACACUGGACAUUGUAUGGAAUGCUGAGGGUCUGAGUGGUCAGCUGAUACGUUUCAGACGCGUAGACUCAGAUGAUGCUGAACAGUCUGUGUCAGCAAGCGGGAAUACUGCAACUCUCAGGAACUUGCUGCCCGGAACACUCUACUCUUUCCAACUAGGCAUCAGUGGCUUCACUGCUGCAAGUGGAAUAGGAAGAACAGUUCCCAGACAACCAGGGACACUCUCACUGACAGAGACGACAUCAACAGAGCUGUUCAUCGAAUGGCCGCUGGAGACUGGAAAUGCAGAUUUCUACCGCAUAACCGUUUCCCCUCUUAACAUGGCCGACUGCCCUGAGAAGACAGAGCAGACCACUGAUCUACGAUCUGUGACGUUGAACAGACUCUUCCCUCAAACAACAUACUUGGUGACGGUCAGAGCGGUGGCUGGUAUCAGUCAGGAUCAGACCGAGAGCACUGCCCAGUCCAAUACUUUUACAACAGCGGAUGCCCUUGAAGGAGAGGUGUUUUUGAUAAAUCGCACCAGUUAUUCAAUAGAGAUUCUUUUUGAACCCAUCACUGCUCCAUCUUCGACCUUUCGUCACGUCGUGACAAUCACUCCAGCCCCCAAUGAUGGUAUUGGUGACUUACUGGUCCCGGAAAACGACAGGAUUGUGGACAUAGAUAACCUCACACCGGGCCAGACCUAUAGCAUCACUAUCAGAAGGAAUGAAGUUCCAGGCCCAGUUAGGCAGAUAACAACAAUUCCCCGACCUCCUCAGGAAGUGGGCAUUUGGAUAGCCAGGACGACACAGACGUCGCUGACCGCUGUGUGGGAUCGUCCAUUGAAGCCAUCAGCCGACUCCCCUCUCCCAGUGGUAGAUCAGUACGUGAUGGAAGUCACUCUUGGUGGGAAUCCAGCGGGGUCGCAGACCGUCGACGGCGAGGUCACCGCAGCUACGGUAGACGGACUGGAGGUCAGCACAGAAUACGAUGUCCAUGUCACCUCUUUAGCUGGUGUAGGUGUGGACAACGUCAGAAGUGACACUGUCACCCUCACUGCUAGUACAGUGACACCCCUCCCCGGUCAAAUCCUUGUCAUCGCAUACACUAUUACCACCAUUGACUUUGUGUGGGGAGAUAGCAGCGACGAGGCAGGAUUCGUCCGCGACGACGUGACCUACUCGCCGCUAACCACAAAUUCUAACUUUGAACUAACUGGAACCAGACGAGGUAGACUGACAAGCCUCACGCCUGGUGCCUUGUACAACAUUCGUCUUGAUGUUGUCUCAUCUGCUCCUCAGGACGACACUACUUCCCAGAGAACUGUACCGCUGCCCCCGACCGACCUGGUAGUCCUUAGCACGACUCCGCUGUCGGUGACAUUCAGUUGGACUCUCGGAAACACUGAACUAGAUAACUUUACAAUCUCCUACAUGCUACGUGACGACAAUGUUGAAGUGACGGUCAAUCCUGGUCUUACUACCUACGAGCUGACCAAUUUGGAGCCUGAUACAGCAUAUAGCUUCAGUAUGGUAACAGUUAGUGGGGAUGAACAGAGUUUAGAGGUCACUACAAAUGGGGCAACAGAUCCACUGGCAUCAAACACCAUCCUUGCUGCUGAAACGACAGACUCGUCAAUUAAAGCAUGGUUUGCCCCCAUCAGUGGCGCUGCCGGUCCGUACGGUGUCGCUGUACCUGGGCGAGCUGAUCUGACCAUUCAAGACAAUGAACCCCUGACCUUUACCCUGACUGGCUUGUCACCUAGCUCUGUUUAUGAUCUUGAGGUUUACAGGUCGGAUCAGGCUUACAGUGACUCUGUCAGGACAAAUCCGCCUAAUCCUGGUGAAGUGACUUCGCUUGAGGGUGGAAGAUUUGCAGUAGAAUUCAGCUUCAGUGCUGGUGUUCCUGCAGAAGCCAUUAACUCUUAUCAGAUUUAUCGUCAGGGUGAUGGAACAUCAAGGGUCCUUGGUAAUCCAUCGUGUUGCAACCGGGUGUUGCUUGCAACGUUGCUUGCCACUGCCCCACUGUCAUUUGAAGACACAGGUCUGAAUCCUAAUACAACCUACAUGUAUGAGAUCAGUUCUCUCCUCAAUGCUGCAGAUGGCUUUCCCCUCCAAAUGAGCAAUCAAGUACAGCUUGUCGACGUCGUCACAGAUGAACUCCCCGCAGGAACCGUGGACGUUCGUGAAACGACGACUACUACCAUCAACCUGGUAUGGCUGACAACUGAUUUGAAUUCCUUGGCUUUCUUCAUCAGCUACAAACCUACACAUGAAACACAACAGACACAGAGAACUCUGUCUGUAUCACCAGAAAUCGUGUAUGCUGAGUACACUCUGGAUUCACUGACUGCUGGGGAGCUCUAUACAAUUAGAAUACAGAAUGGUGACAACGACCUCAACGAUGAGAUCACACAGAGAACUCGGCCGAAUGCUAUCACUCAGUUGACGUCGUCCCUCACCACAUCAACCAACAUCACACUCAACUGGAAUAGCGCCCUUGGUGUUGUGUCGUAUUACGAAGUCGCGUAUGAUCCUCCCAAUGGCAAUUCUCCAAGACGCACUGAUGUACGGGCAGAUGAACCACGCACCCUUACCCUGUCAGGAUUGUUCCCUGAUUCUCAAUAUACAGUUACCGUGGUAACGUGGUCUGGGACCGGUGAAGAUGCUACAUCAAGCACACCAUUCUCAGUCAUGUUUGAUACAGCUCCUAUCCUACCACUGCAAGUCAUUGUGCGAUUUGUGAACGAGACCGAGGCCCAGUUGACUUGGGGUUUAGUUCUUGGAGAGGAUACGUACAUCAUCACCGUGGAUGAUAGUGGUGCGAACCCCAUCCCUUCUUCAGAAACGGUUCCGGAAGGAGAAACACCGUUGUCUGUGAGGAAGGGGCUAACACCUGGAAGUCUGUAUACUGCAAACGUUCAGACUACAACGGCCACCGGUCCAGAUCAACAAUUCAGGACAUCCCCCUACCCUCCACUGGAUCUCGAUGUCGCCGACAGUACCCCAACAUCCAUCGACGUGGCGUGGGCACCACCAAGGGCUGGAGGAGUCUUCGAUGAGUACAUCUUGUCCUAUAGCAUUGGGGAUAGAAUCAGGACGGAGGUUGGACGAUUUGCACCCGAUGUCACCACUGCAACCAUCAAUAACCUAAACACGGCUACCACCUACAACAUCUACCUCGUUACCGAGGCUAAUGAUGGAGGUUUCCCCCAGAGCAGCGAUGUGAUUACUAGGGAGGGGCGAACAGAAAUCCCAGCUCCUGGAGAGAUCGUCAUCAUCAACCGAACUCCGACCAGCUUUAGAUUCCAGUGGGGUCCAUCCAUUGUGCCAGAUGUGACCUACAUCACCACCUACAGUCCAUCAGAUGGCUCCAAGCUUGAUACCCUCAGCAUCAGACAGUCUGAUGUUACUGGUGCUAUCCCAGGACGUCUCUACGAACUCACAGUUUUUGUUCUCCCAGGAGAUCAGCAGGAAACGGGCCUCGUUCGUACCUUGCCUUCAAGUCCAGGUCUCCUCGCUGUUACCGCUGUUGACUAUGUCUCAGUGACUUUAACAUGGGUUCCAGGGACUGGGGAGUAUACCGGCUUCAUCAUCAGCUACAAACCCACAGAGGGCAUUACGUACAUGGAUGUGGAGGAGGUGGACCAAGAUGUGAGGACAUGGAAGGUCGAAGGCCUCUCCCCGGACGUUUCGUAUGACUUCCAGGUCGUUGCGGUGAGUGGAGAACACAACACCACCUACAGUGAACCUACCAGGAGGAUAAACACCACCACAUUAUCGAUUGCUGCCGACGCCUUUGUCGUGUUGGACUACAACUCAACUUCAAUUACUGUGGCCUGGAGAGACACAAACACCAAUAUCAUAGUGAACAUUGAACCCCAGGAUGAUGAAGCAAGGAACGUGAAUGUUGGUGACAGGCCCGUUCAUACUUUCACCGGUUUGAACCCAUCUACUACUUACACUAUUACCUCAUUGAGUCAAUCGCAGAACCUAGUGACUCAAGUUAGAACGAACCCAGCAUCGCCAUCAAAUCUGGAGGUUUCCAAGACCUCGACCUCGUUCUCUAUCGAAUGGGAAGCAGCCGAGUCGGAGGUCAGUCAGUACAAAGUUGAUGUGAAGUGCGCAGAUAUGUCCUGUUCUUUCAACGAUGUCAUCUACCCCAACGAGAGACUGGUCUACGAGCUUGAGGGACUGGUCUAUCUCAAAGAGUACCUAGUAACCGUGUCGUCUUGUCUGGAUAUGGAUGGCCAAUUUGCAGAGCAGAUGGGUGAUGAACCUUUAGAGAGUAGCAUCAUUACAGAUGACGUGCCUGAUGACGAGAUCGUUGUUCAAGAGACCACGACAGACAACAUUACCAUCUUCUACGCCACCGGUAACAGGCGCGGAUUCGUUGAAGCCAUCUACCUUGCAGGAACACCAGCUCAAGUAGGAUCCAAUUCUUUCGUCACCGGAGCUGUAGUCAAGAAGACAUUCGAUGGCUUGGUACCCGGAACGCUUUACACGAUACGGAUCACGGAAUUAACUAACACCAUUAUUCCAAGGACUGUCAAUGUCCGCACAAGACCCAUUGCUCCGUCUGCUAUUUUCGGAAGCCCCACAUCCACCGUGAUUCCAAUCUUUUGGUUCGCCUCUCCUGGGUCUAUCAGCUUUUACGAAGUAACGUAUUCUCCUCCCGAUGGUACCACUCCGGCCGUUUCUAGGAUAGACGCUAGUGGACCUCUGUCUCUGGACAUUGUUACUCUUCUACCCCAGAAGGUGUACACUGUGUUCGUUAGGGCGGUGACAGGAGUGGAUAACAUGCCCAGCAUCAGUAAAGCCGUAAGCGGAAUGUUCGAAACAUUGCCAGCGCAGCCAGGAGAGAUCAUCUUGCGCAGGAUCACAACCGACACCAUCACCUAUACAUUGAGUGAAGUGCCCAGUGUCCUCCAGUAUAUUGUUCAGCUGAACAUAGGCACAGACUUACAGUCUGCAAAUCCCCACGUACUUCCAAAUGUCGAAGGAGAGUUUGACGAACUCACGCCGGGUCAGUUAUACACGCUUGUUUUAAGUGUGCCUGGUACACAAGGAGAUUUGGAUACCAUUCAAGUCAGAACAGACCCAAACCCUCCAGGAAGCGUGUCAGUAGAACUUACAUCGGUGCCCUAUUCGUCCUUGCUCGCGGAGUGGGAAGCGCCUCCAGCUGGUUCCCUCAGCGGAUACGAGGUUAGGGUCCGCCCGGCUGAUCAAGUCUUGACCACCGUUUGGGACGUCGUUGAUAGUUCUACCACAGAGCUACUGCUUGAUAACCUUCUCCCAGAGGUGAAUUACACUGUGGAGGUGCGGACCAUCUCGGCAGGGGAAGGAUUUUCAUCUACGAGUGACCCGACUGAAGCAAUGGGCAGAACUGCUCCAUUCCCAGAAGCUAUCUUGCUCGUGACUGGCUAUGACAGCACUACCAUCUCUGUCACCUGGCGCAAGAAAGAAGGUGUCGACUACCUGGCGCAGUUCAUUGAAGUAGGCCAGGAAAUUGGAGAGGACUUCCAAGGCCUGGUCCAGUCGUCAUCAUCGACCACCACCAUCCUGUCGUUCAGGUACACAGACCUGGUUCCAGGAAGAAAUUAUGAGCUCAUCGUCAGAAGCAACGAUCAAAGCGAAGACACAAUCCGUGUCAGUCAGAGAACCUUGCCGUCUCCACCUAUGAAUGCUGCUGCUGCACCACUCAGCGCAGAGAGCAUCAGGGUGGCAUGGACCGCCGCCACAAAUGAUUUUGAGUUUUACGAAGUCACCUUCUACCCCUCAGCUGACUCGACAGAUUCGACUGCCAUGACCAUACCAAGGGAUCAAUUCAGCGUUGAUAUAGAUAGCUUGUUAGCCGAUACAGAGUAUGUCUUUGAUAUUACGAGUGUGAGCGGCAGUGGGGAUUCGUUGCAGAAGAGUGCUGCUAUCACAGCAAGUGCAACAACAGAACCAAUCAUCAUGAGACUCUUCUCUGCCGUGGAGAAUGUUUUGCUAAUCGAUUUCACCCCCAUCGUUGGUAUCUUUGAUGAUUACCGCUAUGGAUACCGUGCCCUUCCCUCUGGUACGAUCACCUACGAGCCGCUUGACUCGGGAACGUCUCAGUUCGGCAUCCAGGGAUUGAGGUCAGGUGCUCUGUAUGAGAUAACGCUGGACACACGAAUAGGAUCGAUCUACACCGAAGUUGAUCGGAUCCAGGCUAGAACAAGACCCUCUGCCCCUCGUCUGAUUAGUCCAGUGACGGACUUCGAUGAAAAUUCAUUCACCUUAGAAUGGCUAGCCCCCUCUACAGCUGAAGUUGAUUUUGACGGGUUCCGCGUGAUCUAUACCCCUGCCGAUGGAGCGCUUGAGUCUCCACUGUUACUUGAUAAGACUCGGACAUCACUGUUCCUGACGCGUCUUGAACCAGGGACUGAAUAUAUGGUUACAUUGGUGUCUGUGUCUGGACAAGGAAGCACCCAACAAGUCAGCUUUGAAGAAGAUGUUUCAGUUACAACAGCCGAUGGUGUGCCUGGUGGUGUAAAUAUCAAGGAGCUGACUGAGACGUCCAUUCGUAUCACAUGGAACAGUGCUCUCGGUGCAACCUACAUCCCCACCAUCACACCAGAUGAAGGGACAACCAGGAUCUUGGAUACCGAGGCCGCCAUCUUUGAAGAACUCACCCCUGGCCAGCUCUACACUCUGAUAAUGACACAGAUUGGUGGUUCCUCAGGUCCCCCCACUCAACAGUAUACAUUACCAAAUGCUCCCAUGGAUGUAGCCAUCUCCAGAACUACUGCCUUUGAACUGGACGUAUCCUGGAGUCCUCCGGCGGAAGGGUUCUACAACUCCUUCAGUCUAACCUACUCGCGGGUUGGAACUAGUGAGGUCACUACCAUACCUGUUCCUGCGAGUGAUGCACCCUCUGUGACCUUGCCCGACCUUCUGCCAGAGACGUCCUAUGCUGUAUCGGUUGUCUCGGUCGUAGGAACUAUCAACAGUCAGCCUGCUGAGACAUCAGGAACCACAGGUCGAGCCCCAGAGGGAGUCCCGGUACUUGUAGAACGUACGACUACCACCAUUUCCAUCAGCUGGGGUGCAUCGACGGAUGCAUUGGCUAACGGAUACCAGCUGAGGAUCAGACCGGAAGGAGGCACGUCCAUCCUUUUCCCACUGGGGCAAGCAAUCACCACCUACAACUUUAUGAACUUGGAAUCGGGAACAAACUAUAUCAUCAGUCUGCAGAUUGUUGGGCUGUCAGAAGCACCACAGGAAUUGCCAGUUACGACAUACCCUCAGACCCCAGGUGCCAUUCAGAUCCUUCGCACCACGCAGACCAGUAUCACCUUUGCCUGGGGCAGCGCCGGAGGAAACUUUGAUCGCUACUCUAUCAAUCUGUACCCUGAUGGUUCCCAAACUGCCUUCCUGCAGGAUGUUCCCAGAGGCUCCGACCUUACCGUCUCCAAGAACUAUCUUGCCCCUGGAACGUUGUAUAGGAUAGAGAUCUAUGCUGUCACAGGAACUACACGCAGUGCUCUCCGAGAAACCACUGCUUCUACUGCAAUGGAGCUUUUGGUCUUCAUCACAAUCGAUGCCUUUGGCGUGGCUGUGUCCUGGCCUAAUGCACCAGAUUUUUCCAAUUACUAUCUUGAAUAUGAUCCCUCAAAUGGUGUGCCGCCCUCUCCAGUUCCUACCACCCAGGACAGUGUCUUCCUUAAUAGUCUCACCCCAGGACAGAUCUACAACUUCGCUCUCUCCUCUGGCACUCCUGAUACUGGCACACAGAGUUUAGUCAGGGCAACGUAUGUCUUAGCGCCACUUGCACCGACUAUAGAGAUCAUGAUCCUCUCUCCAACUACCAUUCUGAUCAAGAUCCUACCAGCCUCCGCAGGGGUCCUGGAUUACUAUCGCGUGGGCGUGACAGCCAGACAGACGGGGUUGGGCGUCGGCCAAAACGGUGUCGCUAGCUUCAAUAUCCCCAGAGAGGCCUGUCCUGAGGUGUUCAUCACAGACCUGGUACCUGGAGGAACGUACGACGUUGAGGUCGUAGCUGUGUCCGGAGAGACGGAUAGUGCUGUUUCAUCCAUGGAUGUCUCCUUAGAAACCAUGGUUGCUGGCCAGUUAUACGUGAAUGAUCGAACCACAACGUCUCUGGAAGUAGUCUGGGGUGCAGUCACCGAUAGAACAUUCACCAACUAUGUGUUGAACCUGUUUCUUGGUAAUACUCGGACCGAUUUCCAAUCACAGGGCAUCAACGAGGAACGUAAGGUGUUAUUUGAGGGCCUGCUGCCAGGCACAGAGUACUCCCUGAAUCUGCUCGUGGAAGGAGAUGCAAUUACACAGUCUACCAUACUUACUGCCACAGCACCUCUGACCCCUGGUAGCCUGUCCUUCCUGACAGUCGAAGGUCAAGAGGUCACUUUAGCAUGGCCUGCUAGGAACUCUCAGGUUGAUUCCUACGAGCUCUGCUGGACUCCUUCCAGCCAGACUCGAAGUCCUACUGCCGAUGCUACCCAGGAGCUCCUGACGUUAGAGCAGUCUGAUGUGGAAUACACAAUCUCCUUGUAUGCUGUGGUGUCGGUGGGUGUAGGGGACGACGUUAAGACUAUCAGAAGCGACGCAAUCACCCGCUUCAUCACACUCAGUGAGGCCCUCGAGGGCGAGCUGAACGUGACAGAUUUCGAUUCCAACUCGAUCUCUGUGGAAUGGAGCGAGGUCGUCAGCAUCGAGUUUGAGAACUACCGCCUCCAGGCUACACCAGAGGGCGACGGAUCCCCAAUUUUUGCUGUGAUACCUCCCGAGGAUCCCAGGAUGCAUACCUUUGAGAACCUGAUACCAGGUGUUAGGUACACCGUCAGUAACAUCCUUCAAGGCUCUGAUCCAGUGGUGACUAGGACUGUAUCUCAAAGAACAAGACCGAAUCCAGUUUCUGGACUCACUGUGGUUGAUACGACCUCCCAAUCCGUCACCGUGAACUGGCAACAGGCUACAGGCUCGUUCAACGACUACGUUGUCACCUACACUCUCGCUGAUGAACCCACGACGGUCAUCUAUGCGGAUCGCAUCCCUAGCGAUGGUACCCGAGUGUCAGUCAUAGAUGGGUUGCUCCCUGAUACAUCCUACGUGGUUACUGUCUACACCAGCAGUGGAACAGAUGCUGAUGAGACAACAAGUACAGAAGAGUCCGUCCCGGCUACAACCACUGCACUUCCUCCUUGCUCCAUCCAAGUGACCGAAACCACGUACACCGAGAUCACCGUCCAGUGGGGAUCUUGUGCCGUGGUCGUCAAUAGCUACGAGUUGACCAUUGAACCCAACUCUGCCAACGCUCCGCCAGGGAACGUGCCCAUAGGUGGAAACUUUGAGUACACCUUCAACUCCUUGGUUCCCGGUCAGAGGUACAUUGUCGGUAUCAGGGGUACCGGCUCCACGGAACCGUACGCCACAGACUCCGUCUACACAGAUCCCAAUGCGCCAGAUAAUCUUGUGGAAGUUGAAGUUUCAACUUCCACCCUGAAGGUUCAAUGGGAUCCUCCAGUCGGUGAAUAUGAAAGAUUUGAAGUGAAUCUGAACGAACAGCUUCAAGGCACUCUGAGGGGUGAUCAGAUCGAAGCUGGAGAGCUACCCUCAUUUACAUUCGAUGCUCUGAGGCCUGGUGAAAGCUACUCUGUAAGCAUCUUUGCUGUCGUUGGAAGCGGAAAUCUGGAGAAGCGAAGUCCCCCGCGGCAAAAUUCAUUUACCACUGAUUCGUUGGAUGCUGGUCAGCUAUCGGUCAUUGACUUUGACUCUUUCUCCAUCACCGUGGUUUGGGGAGCAGUGGAAGACCUCACGUUUGACGAGUAUAUCAUCCAGUUCCAGCCCCCCUCUGGGAACCCAAUAUACAACCAGGUCCAGAGAACUCAGCCGAGAGAAACGACGAUUACUUCACUCAUACCCGGUCAGCUCCAGACUAUCUCGUUGAUCUUGAUUGAUCAGGUUGAUCCAAUCAGUGUAAUUCAGCAGCGCACAGCUCCUCUUCCACCGAGGGACCUUCAAACUCAGCCCACGAUUGAGGGCUCCACGUAUUCCAUACUCCUGCUCUGGAGCAUGCCGGUACCCUCUGCAAUUGACCAGUAUGAGUUGACCUACAGUCCAGCCGAUGGCUUGAGUGAGUCGUUCAUCGUGCUGGAGGCCAACGACGAGUUCUAUACCUUCCGCGAACUCACACCCUCCACAACGUACGAGUUCAGAAUGAAGACUGUGGCUGGAGAGGGCGAUACACGAACGGAGAGUUCAGAGGUUGAAAUGACUCAACGAACUCUGUCUGCGCCUCUUGGUCAGCUACUUCUGCGAAGUAAGACCACCGUUACUAUCAGUGUUACAUGGGGUGUUGGAAACACUGCUAAUACCAUACCUGAGGGUAACUACGUCGUAAGAAUCACUCCAGGCGACAUUGCUGACGUGCUCGUCAACAACGAGGAGAGGAACGUGGACUUUACCCUUCUGAACCCGGCAACACUCUACUCCAUACGACUCAUCGAGCAAGGGAAUGACGUCAGCUCUAUUGAUGUACUAACUGACCCUGUGGCACCAAACAGCAUCAGUUUCGAGUCUAUCGAGUCAACGUCUGCCACCGUCACUUGGAAUCGAUUUGUCGGCCAUGACGUGGAUAACUUUGAGGUUUGGUACCGCCAAACCGACUCUAUCAAUGACUAUACUCUAGCUGGUGAGGUGGAUGGUCUUACAGAGUCACUAGCUCUCAAUGGUCUGGAUCCAUCUGCUCUGUAUGAUGUUCGGAUCUUUAGCAAGGUUACAAGUGGUGAACUCACAUCACAAAGUGAACCAGCUAUGGAUUCCUUCACCACAGGUGCCCUUCAGGAGGGCGUGAUUGAAUUCCGGGAUAAGACUACCACCCUUAUUGAGGUUCUCUUUGGAACAGCGCCUCUCAGCUCUAGUGUCGUUCAGUACGGGGUCACCCUCACAUCAGAGGAAGGAGCUUCUACUUCCUUCAAUGUUGCCCCGACUUCAGAGCCCUUCUCUGUUGUGACGUUCGAGGGAUUAACACCAGGCAGGCUGUACACUGUAAGCCUUCAGGCUUUUGGAAUUACGAGCACUUAUCCAACUAAAGAUGUCAGAACAUUUCCUGCUCCUGUUCGUGGACUUUUCCCCAUCGAGAUUGGAACCACCUAUGUAUUAUUCACAUGGGGACUUCCUAUUGGAGACUAUGACAGCUAUGAGCUGUCCUACUUGAAGGGUACCGUCAGAGAGGAGGAAAUCAUCUCGGCUUCAGAGACCAAUGUCAGGAUAGAGUUCCUUGACCCGAACACAAUGUACACGUUCAACAUGGUAACAUUGUCUGCUGCCCUCAAGAGUGAAGCCAGCGAACAGUUAUUUACUACAACUUCCUUGGCAGUGAACGAGAUAGCUGUACGUGAUGUAUCUACUACAGAGAUUGAGAUUGUGUGGGGCCCUGAAGAGGGAGUGGAUUUCUGGACCCUAACAACCGUUCCUGCUGUUAGCUCAAACAUUCUCUACGCUCAAUCACCGACGUAUAGAUUUUCCGGUUUGACACCAGGCCAGGAGUAUGUUAUCACAGUCAAUGUCAAUUCAACAAGUCAAAGGACACUCCCUGAGAUGCCACAGAAUCUAGAGUCUGUUGGGAUGCAGUUGUUCUUAGAGCUGCAGUGGAGUCCACCCAUAGGCGUGUAUGAUGGAUACCGUAUUACAUACACGCUAGAUGGUACAAGGACUGUAAUACCUGACCUUCCUAGUCAACCACCCAGAUAUACUCUCAGGGACCUUGAUCCUGGUACAGACUACAUUGUGAGUGUCCAGGCCUUGUCUGGAGGCUUGGAGAGUGAACCAGUUACCAGGACACUAACCACAGGAGUCUUUGACCAAUUGGAGUUGAGUGUCACAACGGUCUCAAAUACCUCCAUCGCUCUAGUUUGGGGAAUCUACGAGGAUCGUGCCAACCUGCCUGAAUUGACAAAUUAUGAACUUAGCAUCACGCCUCAAGAUGCAAUAUCUCUGAUUCGAGGAUUAGAUGUGUUUAGAGCUACAUUCGAAAGAUUGAUACCGGGACAGGAGUAUUCAAUUCAACUCAAACUGACCACUUUAGAUGAACCUGUGUCUACGGUCGUACAGAGGACAAACCCAGAUCCACCGGCAUUCCUCCGUUCAACAAGGAGCAAUUUCACCGAAAUUGAUCUUGCCUUUGAGGCUCCCCUUAGUCGCUUUGACUUCUUCACUCUCACCUACGAAAAGUCAGAUGGAAGUGACCUGUCACCCAACAUGAGGACCAUAGCAGGUAAUGAAGACUCGGUUACCGUUGAAGAGUUACAGCCUGGCACAUCGUAUGAUUUCAGUCUGACGGCUAAAAGCGGAACGCCAACAGAGUUCACGGCCAGCCAGGCAGUAGAGGACACUUUCACUACUAGAGCUGUCCCAGCCUUGACGGUUGUAGCGGCCGCCAUCACCUGUGACACUAUCCAGAUAUUUUGGGCACCUGACCCGGACGACAUGCUGUACCGCAUAGGAAUCCAGCCCGGCCCAGCCAAUGAUGACUUCAGGCGAACUACGGAGUACAUCUUCUCAGGGCUUAACCCGGCCACUGCUUACUCCAUUUCAGUCACUGUUGUAGCUUUUGAGUCUAAUUCUCAGUCUGAGUAUUUGCCCCUCAUUCAGCAGACCCGUCCAAGCGGUGCUGGCGCUAUUACUGUCAUCGACAAGACAACUACGACGAUUGAUGUCAACUGGCUUCCAGCCCAAGGGAACUUUGACAGUUAUCGUGUCUAUGUCACAUCUGAAAACGGCCUGCCAAAGGCAUAUCCACCAAUCUCCGCCACUGAGGAAAGACGUCUUUCUAUCACUGAGCUGGAUGCUAAUGUCCUCUACACUGUCAGUAUAGAGACGAUCAGUUUCUUUGGAACUCAAGAAUUGACCAGCUGUGAGACCUCAACACUAGAUGUCAGAACAGAUGCUCUGGACGCAAAUGAGAUCGUAGUGACUGCCUUCACAUCCACCUCAAUCACAGUCAUCUUUGGUAAGAGGGAAGACGCUACUGGCUACAGCAUCACCCUGAGAAACCUCGAUGGCAACGCUCCCAGGGAAGUAACAGUCGAUUUGCUACCCUCGGAGAGCUCUCGAGUGACCUUUGACACGCUGAAUCCCGGAGUGAAUUAUGAGAUCACUCUCGAUUCACAAGAAGACACGAAUAUAGAGCAGAGGACUAAGCCUGUAGCUCCUGCCACCGUUCUGACACAAAAUCCCACCGUCACCUCGUUCGAAGUCAUCUGGACCAGACCGCAAGGAGUCUACCAUAACUUCCUUCUCGUCAUCACUAACUCCGAUGGCACCAAGAGACCAGAGAUCGCCCUCGGACCGGAUGACUUCAUCCGAGAAGUCACGGAACUUCUUCCAGGAAACCAGUAUGACAUCCAGGUCUAUGCCACAGUGGGGACUGGGGAAGACUUGAUCCGCAGUGAACCGGCUAGUGCUCAGGGAAUGACUAAUUCUCUUGGAGCUCUAGAGGUGAUCUACAUAGACAGAACCACGGAUAGUCUUGAGGUGGCCUGGGGAGCCAGUCCUAGAUCCAACCCAGGGCCCUACCGGGUAUCUUUCAAUACUGAAGUACAAACCGAUACCACGCCCCUCAUCACUCAGGACCGAAACAUCAGAGAAACAUCUUUGGUAGCCGGUCAGCUUUACAAUGUUUUUGUAGUGGCAGAAAACUACCAGCAAGAUAUUGGAAUUUUAAAUGUCAGGACAAUUCCUUUCGUAGUCAGAAAUCUAGCUUUGACUGGGGAACCAACCGCUAUAUCAUUCAGCAUUUCUUGGAACCAACCAGCGAGUGGGAUGUAUGAUGGCUAUGCCGUGUAUAUCGCAGGACAAGACAAUGUAGAAAGACUAACAUCUAGACUAGACGAUCCAGAUACGACAGAACUUCUUAUUGAGGACUUGGACCCAAAUCAGGAAUACACCGUGUCUGUCUACGCUGUUGCCGGUUUCGGGCAGGAUUCAGAGGUCCGUAGCGAAGUCACUGAAGCUACUGUUUCAACAGUAUCUCUUGACGCUCUGGAUUUGGAGACCUAUUCUGUGACUGAGACGACAAUCGGUGUAGCAUUUGGACCAGCACUUGUAGCCCCUUCAGGCUAUACCUUAUCUUUGACAAGUGAUGGUAUUACUAUAGGACUCAUCAUUAUUCCUGUUGCCGGUUCUACGAAGUUCGUCUUUACUGGUCUAACAUCCGGGACUCUGUAUCGAGCCCAGGUACAGGUCACAGGUUCUUCCGUUACAUCGGAUCCUUUGGAUAUCCGAACCAUUCCUCGACAACCAUCCAGCUUCGUGGAUACUCUGGUCACAGCAGAUGAGAUCUCUCUCUCCUGGCUUCGUCCUCCAUCAGGCAACUUUGAUAGCUAUGAACUCUCCUACACCCCAGAGAAUGGUGCUAAGGUCACCUUGCCUGACAUAGCAACCGAUGAGACCAGUUUGGUCCUUGAGAACCUAGCUACAGCCACCGAGUACGUCAUUCUGCUUCGUACCCAGGCUGGCGAAGACACCUUCAGUGAGCCUCUGGAGUUGACUGUUACUACAAGGUCUGCUCUCCUAGCCCUGCAAGCUAUACCCAAUCCCACGACCGACGUCUCCCUAGACUGGGACCAAGAAGUGGGAUUUAUCCAGAGGUACAGGUUGACCUAUGAGCCCAACAAUGGUGACCCAAUCUCUCCCAUCGAGACCGGUAUACCUGGCCCCGUCUCCAUUUCAGGACUGAUGCCUGGCUCUCAAUACACCUUCAGUCUGUUCUCGGUCCUUACCAACAAUGUUCAGUUCCUGUCUAGCAGUGUCUCCCAUGUCACAACCCCUCAGCCUCCAGGCAAUGUAGAAGUAACGGAGGAGAUGACUUCCACCAUUACACUGAGCUGGUCUGCACCUAGCCAGGAGCAGUUCUUUGGAUACAUCUUGGAGUACGAAGGGACCGGUUUUUCGACGGAGCUUGGUCGCACCCCUGCUACCAGUGUCUUACCCCGUCAUCAGGAAUCUGUAACCCUUAAGGGACUGACUCCAGGCACUUCCUACAGUAUUAAAAUCUCUGCGUUUGUGGAGUAUGAUGACGUGACGACUCGCAGUAAUAUUGUGACAAAAAUUGGUACCACAGUGAGUACAUCUAGUCUGAACAUCGUAGCCAAGUUUGUGAAUCAGACUUCGUUUACCAUUGAAUGGCAGCCGGCUGUUGGAGCCUCAAGCUACGUCACGCGGGUGUCUGAGGUAACAUCGGGUGUGGAGAUAUCAUCAGGAACCAUCCUCAAUGGAGACUAUGAGAGAACUGAGCAUCGCUUGGUACCAGGAAGGAAUUAUCAGAUCGAGGUCUCUGCAACAGGAACUGGGCAAAGUGAUACAGUUGAACAAAGAACAUUACCAAGUGCAGUGAGUAAUGUUGAUGUCGUGCCUGAGGCAGCGGCGUUGACCUUGUCCUGGGAUCCUGUGUUUGGAGAUGUGGAUGGCUACUAUGCUUCCUACCAACUCAAGGAGGAUCCUUAUCAAAUAUCUGAUCUGUUCUAUGUCAGUGAUCCAUCAAAUCCAACGAUACGACUUACAGGGCUGAGUCCUCUCUCAGAGUACAUCAUUACCGUGACAUCAUUUUCCGGUUCUGGUAGUGAUCAAGAGAUAAGCUCUUCUACUGUUGAAGCCUCUACAGUGAAUUACAGCCCAGCUGAGAUUGUGAUCGAAACCGUAACAAGCACAAGUAUUGCUUUAUCUUGGGGUGCUUCUACAAGUCCGACAGCGUCCAGUUACGUGAUCGAGGCGUCAGACGCAGGGAACGUGGUGCAUAGCACGAGCAGAGCAUUAUCCCAGUCCAGGUUUAUCAUCAUCUCUAACCUGACUCCCGGCACACUCUAUACCAUCAGGAUUACAGUGACUGGAAGUAGUGAGCGGGAUACAGAGAUUGCACUUACAGUGCCUACUGCACCCAGGAGUCUGUCUACGGACUCUAUUUCUCAGUCCAUCGUCACUGUGUCCUGGUCUCAGGGUCUUGGCAACGUGCAUGAGUAUGACAUCUACCUGAGGCAGGCAGGAGAAUCAGAGACGCCUGCGCAAAUCGUACCGCCCUCUCAGCUCACUGAAACAUUUGAAAACCUUGAGCCUGCUACCUACUAUUCUAUGAGAAUCGUUUCUGUUGUUAGGGCUCAGAACUUGGAACAGAGGAGCAUACCUGCAGUAACUAAUUUCACCACCCAACCAAGGAUCAUCAACGUGGUGGAAACUGGAAGAAAUCUAAGACUGUCCUGGGUCAAUGACUUUGGAAAUGACAUCCUGAAAUACCAACUUAUCUACAUCGAAGAUAAAGAGGGAGCAACCUCUAAUUCUGAGUUUGUUGAUCCUAGUGUUGCGCCUUUGGUCACCCUUAUGAACUUGAUGCCGGGCCAAACGUACACAUUGAUUUUGACGGCUGUACGCAACUCAGGAAACCGUGCUCAGAUUGCAUCCACCACUUACACUCUAAAACCUUUACGACCUACGUUCACUGUUAACCGUCGCUCUCCAUCCGCUGUCAGCCUUCUUGGAAACCUGCUUGGUGGCAUCCUGAAGUUCUUCCGUAUCAGGGUUACACCUCAAGUUACCGGAGCAGGAGCAGGCACGCCUAUCAACAUCGAUGUCUUGAUUCCAGUAGAAGCGUGCCCUGAAAUAGAGCUUACCGGUCUCAUACCUAACAGAGACUAUCAGGUCACUCUCCAAGCAGAGUCCGGUGUUGCCUCUAGCGACCCUCAAAUUAUUACAUUCACUACACCUCCUUUAACCCAACAAGGUGAGCUGUCAUUUGGAGAGAUAACCCCAUCAGGGUUCACAGUCUACUGGACACCUUUCCUUGGACGUACAUCCUAUGAACUCUCCAUCAACAAUCAAGCAGGGCUCGUAGUCCCUGCAUCGGGUGAUGCUGUUCAGUCUUACGUAGUGGAUGGCCUGAGCUCAGGAACCGAGUAUACGGUCAGCCUGGUCGAUGGAGGGACAGGCGCGAUCAGGACCCGUCCUCUUGCGCCAGGGACCCCCUUAGCAACUCAGGUAUUGGACACCAGUAUUCAGCUUCAAUGGGCUCAAUCAUCGGAUGGUAACGUUGCCGGAUAUGAGAUAUGUUAUUCCCCUGAUGACGGAUCCAGCCCUGUUUACAUCGCGGGUAGGACCACCACUCAGUACACCCUCGAGGGAUUAGAUUCUGACACGACAUACAUCAUCAGCAUCUCUGCCCUCACAGGGGUUCCACAGGUCAAGAGUCAGAAACAAACAAUCUUUGUCACAACAAUCGCUGACACCACCAUACCUGUGGCCAGUAACUUUGCAGUGACCAACACUCAGGCUGCAGACCAUGUCAUCAUCCUGGAAUGGGAUGUUCCUGAGAGAGCAUCCUACGAUUACUUUGAGGUAUCUUACACCCCAGACGUCGGCUACCCAUCUUCACCGGUCAGGCUGCCCAAGGCUGCUACCAGUCUCAGCAUUAUGAAUGCCUUGGCAGACAAGGUGUAUCAAUUCAGUUUGGUCAGCAUUAGAGGAGAUGAGAGGACUGACCCACCUCUUACUACCACAGGUCAGAUAGCUGUUAAUAACCUGAUUGUUGUGAUCGGGGAGAGAACCACCACAUCUCUGGAGAUCUUAUGGGGUGCAUCGGCAUCAGGGUCUGUUGAUGAGUACCAGGUCUCUUACGUUGGAUCAACUCCCAUCGUGGUUGAUGGGUCCAGUGAUAGGAGGGUGGUCAUCCCUGGACUUUCACCUGGAACAGAGUACACAGUGACUGUGCAGGCCAUAAACGCUGGAGCAGCUGUUGGAGAUAGCAUGGAAACAGCAUCUACGUUGCAUGAAAUAAACGGGCUUUCCGCUAUGGUGACUGACCAAGCAUCAUCAAUGAUUCAUCUGACCAUAACUCCACCUUUCGAAGACCCCAUGAGAUACGAUGGGUACAAUGUACGAGUUCGUCUAGGUGGCGUCUCCAGUCCUGUCGUACAGCCGGUUAUCCCAGUCGCUAAAUCAGCUUGCCCAGAAAUUUGGAUCAAGAAACUUGAAGCAGCCACCAUGUAUGAAAUCGACAUUGAGUGGUACAGUGGCCUGGAUAUCAGUGAAGCAUUCAGAGUUCAAACCAGCACAGUUGCUGCUGCACCGCUGGACAUCACUUUAGAUGAGCUGGAAACAGACUCCAUGAAGGUAUCUUGGCAGGAAGGUACAGGCUCCUUCUCAAAUUACCUUGUCACCUACAGCCCUGUUGGGUCAACCCAGACGCCAAUGCUGGUAGCAAAAGGAGAGCCAAGGGUCCUGGAUCUAAGUGGUCUAGUACCUGGUACUGCCUAUACUAUCAUGGUCCAACAGCAGGGACAAACUCCGGCCCAGGAAACACAUGUCCAGCUUACACUGCCUGAAGCCAUCAACAUCGACAGUCUGAGUGUUACUCGCAGUAAGAACGCAUUAGAUGCCACAUGGAGUGCACCCUCUACAGGGAACUAUGAUGGAUAUAGAGUGUGUCAUUACCCACGUGGUACUCAGAAUUCUCCGUUUACCUCAGGCACCACACCAUCUAUAAAUCUCCCUGGACUCAACAGCCUGACCUACUAUCUUGUAACAGUCUCAAGCAGUGAAGAAUCAACUUACAGUGAACCAACCACCAUCACACAGCAGACACUGAUCGGUGAUCCAGGAGAUAUCAACAUUGCCCUGGAAGAUGUUGACACAAACUCAGUCAGAAUCACUUGGGUUGCAAUUAAUAGCAUAACGAGGUACACUGUAGGAGGCGGGACCGGAGCAUCACAAACUGUGACAGUCAACUCACCUGAGGAAGCUGAAUACACCUUCACCAAUCUGGUGCCAGGCACUAGCUACACCUUCUUUGUGACACCUCUGGGAACUCAAAGGAGAGAAAGAGAACAAUAUACAAGGCCUGACAUGCCAAGAAAUCUGCUCUUCAAUACAAUUACUACGAAUUCCAUCAGUAUCGGCUGGGAGAAGCCUCUUACAGGUGGUGUGGACAGCUAUAGAGUAACGUACUCCCCAUCCUCCGAUGGUAGCCCUGCAUCUCCCCAUACCAUAACGGAUAAUGGACAAAUCACCCAGACUCUCACGGUCACAAAUCUCCUCCCAGGGACUACAUAUACAUUUAAUGUGUAUGCUCUUGUAGCGGAGCUUGUCAGCGAACCAGUAACGAGAGGGAGCGGAACCACCAUCGGGAUGGAUAUUGGUGCUGGUUACACCAGUACCCAGUUCACCGUCGUCUGGAACGUACCAACGUCAGGCGACUUCAACCAAUUCCAAGUCACCUAUGAUCCUUAUGACCCUACUAAUGCUCAGGAGUCUCCCCGCAUCAUCUCGCUGAGCUCAUUGAACGGAGCACAGGAAGGAUCUCUGCUCAUCUACGGCCUUGAGCCUGGACAGCUGUACAACGUAUACGUGCAGACGAUGCUGAACGGCUUGCAGACCGAUGACGGCUUUGGGAGAAUAUCAUUUAGAACCCCUCCACUACCAGUGACGGGCGUCGUCAUAACCCAGCGCACACCCUACUCCCUGUCGCUAGACUGGAGCGAUGUCAUAUCGGCCGACAUCCAGUACAGAAUAACAUACGCACCGCUGGAAGGAGCGCUUUUUCCAAACAACGAGGAUUCUGCACAAGUACUGUCAUCUAAUCAGGUCUCUGAAUCUCAGAUUUCUGCUAGAAGCUUGGCUCCUGGUAAAGAGUACGUCUUCACCAUAUCCCCUGUGAGUGGGGAUCCUAGCAGCUUUGAACAGGUCGGUGAGCCGGAGACAGUGGUUACAUACACACAACCACUGAGUCCACAGAACCUGGUUGUUAGUGAUGUUGGUGUUGAGGAGGUUUCAUUGUCAUGGAAUCUACCGGCUGAAGUCAACUUCCCAAUAGCUUAUUACGAGAUAGACUUGGUACCCAACGAGCCUACGUUCCCAAUACGUAUAAACGGCACGCGAGACAAAUGGGAAAUACAUGACGGCCUUGUCUCUGGCGGAGAAUAUCAAGCUGUGAUGAGGUCUGUCAUUAAUGAUGUCAAUGGCCAGGUUAUAUACAGUGAACCUUUACAGUCAGCUUUCUUCCUUCUAGAGCCGACGCAGCCGCAACGCUUGAGCACACCAUACGUCACUACUACAGAACUCAGAGUGGAAUGGACCCUAGGCAAUUCUAACUUCACUACCUUCCAGGUGUCAUUCAGCAAGGAUUCAGCGACCAUCUUGACCACAGACACGACAGAGCAGUCACUUCUGUUGACCAAUUUGACCGUUGCUACAGUGUAUGACAUCAGUAUUAGGACCGUAGUCGAGGGACCACAGACUAAUAUGAUCAAGACCAGUGCAGCAGCACUCAUAAUGGCUGUCACUACUAAAUCUAAGCCGCCGCAGAACUUGAUGCAAGAUGAAGUAACGAGUGAUUCCAUCACAGUCUCCUGGGGCGCACCGCUCAAUGUCGUCAAUAUGUAUCAUAUCAUCGUCAAAGAUGAGGACGGAGCAGAUGUAGCUGAUGCCACUGUACCAUCGAGUGAAACCAGCUAUACAAUAGAGAACCUGAACCCGUAUACCAAGUACAUCAUCACAGUUGCUGCACGGUUUAAUGGUCUGGAUAGUGAUGCCAUCGAGAUUGAACAGACGACAUUCCAAGGAAAACCGUCUGUAGUGAGAGACCCAGUAGUCGCCAUCAACUCACCCAACUCUGUCUUCCUUACCUGGACUCCUCCUGACUCACCUAAUGGUAUUCUGACAGGCUUCGUUGUGGAAAUCACCGGGGAAGACCUCACCAGUAGGAAGAGGAGAGAGGCUGGUUUUACACGUACCGAGACCUACGGAGUAACAGUGUUUUCAGCCACGAUUGAGAACCUUCCCACCGGAUGCUCGUACACCUUCAGUAUCAAAGCUGCUAACAGUGCUGAUCAGAGCGAUGCUGUGAUUGCUGGUCCUCUCGACCUACCACAUUCUGCACCUCCAACUCCUCCUGCAGACAGGGUGGUACGUCUUGUUUCUCAUACAGGUACUACCAUGAGUGUAUCCUUUGACAGUAGCAUAUUCAGCGAUGUCUACGGUCCUGUGACUAGAUAUGCCCUCCUGGUAGCACAAAGCAGUCCAGACACCAUUCCUUCGACACCAAGUGACCCUGCCAUCAACUGGCAAGUUGGCUCAGGCCAGCCAUACCAAACCACGCUCCUUACUUACGCUCCUUUCACAAACGGAAACACGAGGGGGUUCUAUACCGUUGGCGCUAACAACAGCUGCACGCAGGAUUCAGUGGGAUACUGUAACGGACCUGUCGUCCCUCUCACUGAUUACAGGUUUGCUCUACGUGCCUACGGGUCUGAUGGGAAGUUCACUGACAGUGCUUGGUCACCACUCUACAACUCAGGAAUUAACACCACUUGGUACGCUGCUGCUGUGGUUUCCAUCAUCAUCAUCACUCUCGUUCUCUUACUCGUCAUGCUUCUCAUCUCCCGUCAAUGCUGUGGUGAGGCAAGGAGCAGCGCCCUGUAUGAGAGAGGUAACGGUCAGCAUCUGCCCUUGGUGAAUGCGGCCUACCCCUCGGCCCACAACCAGGACUCGAUGCACAAAACUCCGCUACCGGAGGAUGCUUUCAUUAGGAUGGGCCCAAUACCGGUCAGAGAGAAUGCCUAUGUCAGCAUGAGGGAUGACCGUCCAAAGGCCCCACUCCCUGCCACUCUGCCUCGAUCUGCUCCUCCAUUAACCAACCCUGUCCAGAUGAGGAAGUUCCCUGACCAUGUCAAUCGCAUGAGUGCUGGCAACAAUACUGGAUUUGUGGAAGAGUACAAUUCUCUAUCAAAUGUGGGCAGAGACAAGAGCACCGAUGCUUCAAGGCUUGCUGUCAAUGCAACCAAGAACAGAUACAGGAACAUCCUACCAUUUGAUGAGACUGCCGUUCAUCUACAAGAUUUGGAGGAAGGACAGACCAGUGACUACAUCAAUGCAAACUACAUCCAGGGCUUGCACUCUAUGAAGGAAUACAUUGCUUCCCAGGGCCCCGUACCAGACUCUGUCAACGAUUUCUGGGAGAUGGUGUUUGAGAAUAAGAGCACAACCAUCGCAAUGAUCACUGGGCUUGUUGAAGGAGGAAAGACCAAGUGUGAGCACUACUGGCCAGAUGACGAUACCCCAGUGAACUACGGCAGUGUGACGGUCACCAUGACCCAUACACAGGAGAUGGAACAAUGGACCGUCAGGUCAUUCCUGCUAGAGAAGGGCAUGCAACAGUUUGAGACGCAUCAGUACGCCUUCAAGGGCUGGGUCGAUCAUGAUGUACCCAACAAUGCUCGUCCUAUGAUUGAAUUCAUCCGGACCAUAGACGUCGCCCAUGAUGCUAAUCUAGGACCCAUCACCGUGCACUGCAGUGCUGGUAUUGGUCGAACCGGUGUGUUCAUUGCCCUUCACAAGCUGAUCAAGCAGGUUGAGACUUCCAAGCCCAAUGACUACAUCGAUGUGUGCGGCACUGUGGCACGCAUGAGGGAGCAACGUUUCAACAUGGUCCAGACAGUCAAACAAUACAUGUUCAUCCACCAGUGUCUGCUACUUCUUAUGAGAUAGAUGUAUCCUGCCUGACAAGAGCAGGGAAAUUAAUAUGGGUCAUCUGACCCGACUACUCUUCCUCAUCCAUCCAAUACUUCUAAAAUGAUAGACAUAUGUCAACACAUAAUAAUCCAGCGUUUGUCUUUUAAUUUUUUAAUUCUGUCUAUAAUACAUCGUCUCAUUUUACUUUUUAUAUGAAAUGGAGUAAUUUUUUCUCUCAAAAUUGUUAAGAUUAAUGAUGUCAUUAUUUUGGAAUGGAUGAUUGGAUUUCCAAACAAUUAUAUGAAACAUUAUCUUGGUUUUACGAUUUGUUUAGCUUAUACUUUAAUCGUUGUUUCACUCCCAUCUGUUUUAAUGUAUACUACAUGCUGUACAUGUAAGUGAAUAUUCAAGAAAUAUAAAACCACAGUUUUGCAUUCCAAUCUCUUUAUACUGUAAAACAAUGAAAUGAGUUGUCUUUCGUGUUACUGAAAUAAGAAAUGAAUAACUACAUAUAACUAUUAUUAUAUCAUGUGAUUUAUAAACAAUUUAUUUUUAUUUUUAUAUGGAUAAAAUCUGAAUGUAUUCCUGUAUUCUAUUCGUAGAUUAACUUGGUGACGGAUAUAUAAAUGUAUUUAUGCAGAGAAACAAAGACCUAUGUUUUAAGGAGAGAAAUUUAAUCUUUAUUGAAAUGUUAUCAACAUCAUAUGUACUUGUUAUCCUUCUUACGGAAAGUGAUAAAUCUUUAUUUUUUUAAGAAGAAAUUAAAUAAUAAAUCAAAAUGUCUUAUUACAGGGCUUCGUUUUGAUUUUCUGUAAUGGUAUGUCAAAUUGUGUUUUUAAAAAAUCUGAUAUUAUUUUAUUUUUGAAAAUGUCUCACUGUAGUCUUUCAUUGGGAAAUUGUUUUGCUCUUUUAAUUAUUCUCUCUAACUUCUAUUCCUAUAUUUCUAUCUCUAAUAGUUUAAAGCAUCUAUUAUCUUUUUAAUUGUUAUCUUUGUAGCUUUAGGAAACAUCAGUCGCUGUGACUAAUGUGAAAAUAUAGUAAAUGACCCAUAACCCAGUACUAGGAAAGGUAUACGUAGAUAGAUAUAGAAGUACAAGCAAAGUAUGAUAUUCGCCUUGUGCUCAGGUUAUUAUUUGUAGAUUUUCUCAUAUUUUAAAACUGUUUUGCUCGAAAAUUUGUGAUGUAUACACAGAACCACUUUCUAUAUGUUUAAAAUAUUAAUCAUGAUCAUGUAUUAUCUCUUGCUUUGAUAGGGUUAAGGGAUUUUAUUUUAAAUUAGAGAAUUAUUUGUUGGUGACAAUAUAAAGAUGAAACAUAUACCUUCCAAGUCAAGUACCAAAGCUUAGAAUCUAUUUUCAAUCAUGUCUAUACUCAAAGUACACUUUGCUCUUUAUCGACAUUGCAUUUGUUAUAAUUUUCUUAUUUUACAGGGCAGUGUUAAAAAGCUUUACCGGUACUUGAAUUAAUCAAGCAUUGUGUAUCAAAUGAAAUAAAAUGGUAAUUUGGGAUAAUAAUGA